AUGUCAUCAAGAAGUUCUCCGUCGACACAAGGUAAUGGAUAUGGAAUUGUCGUGAGUCUUGAAGCACUCUCCGCUGUGAGCAUGGUUGUUGCUACUUUCUGUUUAAAACAGUAUCAUGGUGAAGCAACAGAUUCAAGUGAAGGUUUCUCGACAGCUCAUCGAACAGUUAAAACAGUUGCAUGUUCCUAUGGAAUUUCAGGCCCAUUUUGGCAUGCACGUGGAGCAACUGUACAAAUAAUUUUAUUUUGUGUUAUAGCCAUUCAACCUAAACGUCGAGCUCCAUUUGCACACACAUUUCUAGAAGUUAUUCAUGUUCGAUCUGGUCGAAUAGUUCAUAUGGUUUAUAUUAUCUUUUGUUUAUACACAAAUAUUCUUGUUACAUCAAUGUUAUUAACAGGUGGUUCAGCUGUUGUUCAUUCUCUUAGUGGAAUAUAUAUUGCUGCUGCAUGUUUUCUUUUACCAUUAGGAACAAUUAUUUAUACAAUGUUUGGAAGAAUUAAAGCUACUUUUCUUACAGAUUAUGCACAUACUGUAGCUGUUCUCAUUAUUAUUCUCUAUUUUGCAUUUACUACCCUUGCAACAUCGCCAUUAUUUGGUUCACCAUCAACAGUCUAUGAUCUGUUGGUCAAUGCUAGUCGCAUACAUCCAGUUGAAGGUAAUGCAGGAGGAUCUUAUAUAACUAUGCGAUCGCAAGAAGGAGCAAUGUUUUUUAUUAUUAAUAUUAUUGGAAAUUUUGGAACUGUCUUUCUUGAUAAUGGAUAUUUUAAUAUGACGAUUACUGCUUCAUAUGUUUCUGCUCUGCCUGGCUACAUUCUUGGUGGAAUCUCAUGGUCUACCGUUUCAUUUCUUGCUGCAACUACCAUGGGGUUGGCUGCUGUUGCACUCGAGAGCAAUCCAGCAUUUCCUAGUUAUCCAAAUCGAUUGGAUCCAGCGGAUGUGAGCGUCGGUUUAAUUUUGUCAGCCGCUUCUGUAGCUCUACUUGGAAAAGCUGGAGCAACGACUACUUUAAUCAUGGUUUUUAUGGUCGUCACAAGUGCUAUAAUUCAAUAUGCAAAAGUCGUCAGAUGGAAACCACCAAUUGAUCUUGCCGACGAAAUCUUUCCAAAUGCUUCAUAUCAAGCUACCUCAUUUGGUCCAUGUUGCCCACAACCAAAAACUGAUACCUACAUUCCAGAACAAGAUGAGCAAUGUCUCUAUCUAAAUAUCUACAAACCAAUUGUUCAAUCGAUUGAUUCAUUAUUACCAGUAUUCGUUUGGAUUCAUGGUGGUGCUCAUAAAAUAGGAUGCUCAUCACAAAGUAUUCCAUUGAUAUAUAAUGGUACUAAUAUGAUUGCUCAUUCACCACCAGAUCAACCUGUUAUUAUCAUUACAAUCAAUUAUCGAUUGGGUGUAUUAGCAGAUAUGUUUUUAAAAGAAUUAAUUGAAGAAGAUCCAGAAUGGCCUACAGCGGGUAAUUAUAUGUAUUUAGAUAUGUUAUCUGCUUUACGUUGGAUAAAUAAGAAUAUUCGUGAUUAUGGAGGUGAUCCAAGUAAUGUAUCGUUGUUUGGUCAAAGUGCUGGAGGAUUAUCUGUUAUUGAUCUUGGUGCAGUUAAAGGAUCAGCGGGUCUUUAUCGAACAGUAAUAAGUCAAUCAGGUUUAGACUCACCUGGAACCUAUUCAUCUUAUUAUAAUAUCACUGCUGCUCUCAAUUGUUCUAACUCUAUUGUUCAUCGUUUGAAUUGUACCAAUGGAGAUAAACAAAAAGUUCUUUCAUGUAUACGUAACUCUUCAAAUGAAAAUUUAUUUCAAAUCUAUGGUGAUCGUUAUACAAGACCAAUCAUUGAUAAUUAUUUCUUUCCAUUGUAUCCACCAUUAGCAAUUCAAAAUGGACAAUACAAUAAUAUUAGUCUUAUUAUGGGUAAUAAUGAUUAUGAUCUAACGGUAUGUCUUGAUCAUCCUGAUAUGAAUUAUACUGAUGCUAUCGAAUUAAUAAGUCAAUCUAUAGAACAUAAAUGGAUACCGGCAAUAGUUGAUUAUUAUCAUUUAAAGAAUUGCUCAGCAAAUCGAACGAGUAAUAACACUCGUUGUUGUAAUAUCGUCCUAUUGAUAGCAACGGAUAAAUUUUUUGAUUGUGAUAUUCGUCGAUUAUUCAAUGCCUUUUAUUUAAAAUAUGGUCCACAAUACGAACAAAAUAAAUUAUUUUCAUAUCAUUUAAAUUGUUAUCCUCAAUGCCCUACUGUACCAGAAAUGGGUAUAUGUAGACAUUCAGCAGAACUUCCAUUUGUGUUCGGAACUAUUAGUGAUUUUCAUUCAGAAGAAUUAUUCAAUUGUACUUGGGAUAAUUCAACACGAGCAUUUUCUAAUGAAAUAAUUUCACAUUGGAUUAAUAUAGCAACAACAGGAAGACCAUUGAAUCAAUGGCCAAGUUAUGAUCCAUCUUCACCUAGACAUUUCCAUAUCACACCUGAUCGAGGCUUUAUAGAUGAAAAAUGGCAUAGAAAUUGUUCGUUUUAUGAUGAAAUGGAAGUAGAAAGAGUUAAAGAAAUAUUUGGAAAUAAUCAUUACAUUGUGAAGGAGCCAAGUAAAUAG